GCUUCGGGGCAGAGAGCGGAGACGAACAGCCGGGCCGAGCCAGCACCACCAACUGUCCGGCUCCGCAGCGCGCGUGCGCAGGGGGGCUCGAAAAAGCAGUGACAAACAGACGACGUGCUGAGCUGCCAGCUUAGUGGAAGCUCUGCUCUGGGUGCAGAGCAGCCUCGCUUCGGUGACGCACAGUGCUGAGACCCUCCAGGAGCCCAGGGAUUGAAGGAUGGUGGCGGCCGUCCUGCUGGGGCUGAGCUGGCUCUGCUCUCCCCUGGGAGCUCUGGUCCUGGACUUCAACAACAUCAGGAGCUCUGCCGACCUGCAUGGGGCCCGGAAGGGCUCACAGUGCCUGUCUGACACAGACUGCAAUACCAGAAAGUUCUGCCUCCAGCCCCGCGAUGAGAAGCCGUUCUGUGCUACAUGUCGUGGGUUGCGAAGGAGGUGCCAGCGAGAUGCCAUGUGCUGCCCUGGGACACUCUGUGUGAACGAUGUUUGUACUACGAUGGAAGAUGCAACCCCAAUAUUAGAAAGGCAGCUUGAUGAGCAAGAUGGCACACAUGCAGAAGGAACAACUGAGCACCCAGUCCAGGAAAACCAACCCAAGAGGAAGCCAAGUAUUAAGAAAUCACAAGGCAGGAAGGGACAAGAGGGAGAAAGUUGUCUGAGAACUUUUGACUGUGGCCCUGGACUUUGCUGUGCUCGUCAUUUUUGGACGAAAAUUUGUAAGCCAGUCCUUUUGGAGGGACAGGUCUGCUCCAGGAGAGGGCAUAAAGACACUGCUCAAGCUCCAGAAAUCUUCCAGCGUUGCGACUGUGGCCCUGGACUACUGUGUCGAAGCCAACUGACCAGCAAUCGGCAGCAUGCUCGGUUAAGAGUGUGCCAAAAAAUAGAAAAGCUGUAAAUAUUUCAAAAUGAAGAAUCCACAUUGCAAUUGAGCUCAAUCUUGGACAUUAACUUUAAAAUGCUUCCAUACAGCUCUCUCUUAAAAUCUCUUGUAGCAAGUGAAAUAGCCUGAAACUAGAGAACUAAGAGAUGGCGACCUUGUGAUGAAUGAAACUAGCUUUAGCCUUUUGUCCGUUUUUCCAGAAAACUGAUGGGACUCUGUAAUAAAAAAAAAAUUAUUUCUAAUCUAGGGACUCAAUUAAUUCAAAUCUUUAAGAAUUGAAGCCAGGCGCGGUGGCUCACGCCUGUAAUCCCAGCACUUUGGGAGGCCGAGGUGGGUGGAUCACGAGGUCAAGAGUUUGAGACCAGACUGGCCAACACAGUAAAACCCUGUCUCUACUAAAAAUACAAAAAAUUAGCUGGGCAUGGUGGCUGAUGUCUGUAAUCCCAGCUACUCGGGAGGCUGAGGCAGGAGAAUUGCUUGAACACGGGAGGCGGAGGUUGCAAUGAGCCAAGAUCACGCCAUUGCACUCCAGCCCGGGUGACAGUACAAGACUCCGUCUCAAAACAACAACAAAGAAUUGAAAUUGUAUAUAUUUAAAGUGUAUUGUGUGAUGUUUUGAAAUACAUAUACUAUAACCGAGCCACAUCUCUCUCUCCAAAUAAAUCUUUAAACAAUUUCUGGUGAAGGGCUGGUGCCUGACAGUAUCCUAGGGGGUAAAAAAUGAUAGCAUCUGAAGUUAAAAGUAAAUUAAUUCUUACAUCUUACCAGGAAAAUUAUCACAGCAAAUACUAUAUUUUUCCUUAAUAACUCUAUUGUUUAUUUCCAUUCAUCUCUUAGAAGGGAAAUGGCAUUUCACUACAAAAUAAUUUGGUUAAUAAAGAAGUUUC